CACUUUCAUCACCAGAACCUAACAAAACUAACCAGCCACCCCAGGAGUCCGCAGACGCUGACCUGGACAGGCAAGGAGCUGCAGGCUUCAUCAAUACUUGGUCAGGACUCCCAUCACUACUCAUGACCGGCAUCCUUAUCUCACUCCUGGUUAGUGAACUCUGAGCUUCUGACUCUUUCCUCAGCAGCAGCGGCAGCAGCGGCAGCAUCAGUCUGCACAGAAAUCUCUGCAGCGACCUUAAUAGCUGGUACAAUUUGAAAGACAUGAAGAUACUUGGCCACGUGACCUUCUUCCUUUUGCUCGGGGGAAUCUGGGCUCAGAACAACCGUAACGCUAAAGCGAAUGGGAAACCGGCGAAGAGGGGCGGCGGGACCCAAGCAGGUGAUGCUGGCCAGUCCACCCCCAUGGCUGAUGCUUCUCAAGGGAGCAGCAGGAGCUCUGGGAGGCCAGCCGAACCGAGACCGGAGAGUGCCGCAGGAACCCGUGCAACUGGACAACAGACGGAUGAGAUGAGGCUGCAGUUCCUCAGGAGCGCCCAGGUGACGUGCAAUGACGGAUCCGCGGCCGGGUUCUACCUAAAGGAAUUCAGAGGGAGCCGCAGAUGGCUGUUAUUUCUGGAAGGUGGCUGGUGCUGCUACAGCAAAGAGACCUGUGAUUCCAGGUACCAAAAUAUCCCCCGACUAAUGAGCUCAUCGGGGUGGCCUCAAACUAAAAGAGGGACUGGAAUAUUGUCAUCUCAAGCAGAAGAAAACCCACACUGGCAUAAUGCAAACCUUGUAUUCAUCCCAUACUGUUCCAGUGAUGUAUGGAGCGGAAUGGGCCCUGCCCCAACGCCCCCUCCGAGAACAAGACAAGGAAAAGAGAAAGUCAGAGAAAGAAGCAUAAAUGCAACUGAGUACUCUUUCAUGGGGUCCCUUAUUAUCCGGGAGGUCAUCAAAGAUCUCAUCCCCAAAGGAAUCAAGCAGGCCAAAGUUGUCAUGCUAGCUGGCACCAGUGCUGGUGCAACAGGUGUUUUGCUCAACAUCGAGAGGGUUGCCAGCCAGCUGGAGCAGCUGGGCACAGAGGCGCAGGUGCGGGGCCUGGUGGAUUCUGGCUGGUUUCUGGAGAGUAAGCAGCAGCGUUCCCCCAACUGCCCCGAGACUGUCUCCUGCACACCUGAAGACGCGAUCAAGAUCGGACUCAGGUUGUGGAAUGGGGUGGUGCCAGAUCGGUGUCGGCAGCUCUACAAGAGAGGGGAGGAAUGGCAGUGUUUCUUCGGUCACAGACUUUACUCCACUUUGACCUCUCCCCUCUUCAUCGUGCAGUGGCUGUUUGACGAGGAGCAGCUGAGGGUGGAAAACAUCUACAUGGGAGGCCAGAGUCUGUCUGAGGAGCAGUGGCAGUACAUCCAGAAUCUGGGCUUGGAGAUCAAAAACUCCCUGAGAGAUGUGACAGCGGUAUUUGCUCCCUCUUGUCUCUCACACACAGUCAUCACCAAAAGCAACUGGAUGAGCUUCCAAGUUAAAGGCACAUCUCUGCCACGGGCCCUCCAAUGCUGGGACAGAAGUCUGGACGCAACUCGGAACAACAGAACCCCAGCUAAAGGCUGCCCUUUCCACCUGGUGGACACCUGCCAGUGGCCCCAGUGUAACCCCACCUGUCCAGCUUUGGUGGAUCGGGCCACCCAGCAGGAGCUUACUUUGCUCCAGAUGCUGGUUGCCAUGGGCCUUGACCCACAGAGGCUCGGCUUGGAUCCCGAGGGAGAAGCAGAUUCUAUGGCCAGCGUGAUCAGUAAUGGAGGCUAAGUGGAAAAAGUCAAGAGAAAGCAAAUGGAGACGCAAAUUCAAUGGAAAAGAAAAAUGUUUCAAAUUUAAUGUAACCACAAAAAUCCUUUUAGAAACCUGGUUACAAUGUGUUGUCCUGUUCAGCAUUCCAUAAUGCUCCGCAUCUGUGACUCAACUGGCUGGUAUGUUGCAGCAUCUGGGUUUGUGUUGUUUACUGGGCCCUCUACUGGUCACAAGAGGGAAGAGCUCAGCGUUGAAAGUAUUUCAGCUAUCCAGGUCACUAGAGUUUUGACCUCUUCCAGAUGUUUGGAAAUAACCUAAAACACACUUUCAUCCUGAUCACUCUACCGUCCAACAUCACAGGAAGAGCCUGUUAGUAGAGUUUUAACAAACAAAAGUCCGGCAAAAUAUCAGAAACACAGAUCUAUCUUUUAGAAAUAUAUAAACCUUCACCUGUGUUCACGUGCACACAAAUAGAAAACAGCAGUAAUAUUUCAUUGCAUCUAACUAUAUGUGUUCUAUGCAUGCAAAAACCAGACUGUUAAGAAUUAACAAGUUUUCUUUGAAAUCACUGAUCCACUAUAUUUAAUCAUUUAGUUUGUCCUAAUAUGUGAGGUUAAAGGGUCAUUUUUCUCAUGUCGACGCUGUGGUGAUUCACCACUUAGUUGUUAAGACUCACUUCUGAUGUCAUGCAAAUUACAAGCUAUUACCAUUUCCGUCAUUAAUUGUUGUUAAACGUAUUCUGUGAUGUUCUUCUAGUUUUAUUGCAUUUAUUUUAGUAAAGUGAACUGAUGUACAUGUUAAAACAUAAAAUAAAAAUUUAAAUCCUG